AUGACAACUUUACAACAGGUAGAGGAUCUAAUAAGGAAGCAGUUAAACCCAAUUAACGUAAAACUAGAUGAUCUAAGCAAGAAGUACGAUGAACUACAGCAAGCUGUCAAAUUUAUUAGUGAUAAAUACGAUGGCACGAUGAAUGAAAUCAAAUCAACGAAUACGAAGAUUCAGGCUCACAACAGAGAUCUAACCACUAUCAAACAAGAUCUUAAAAUCAUCGAUAAAAGAGCAAUUGAAUCGCUGGAUCAAGUGGAAGAACUAGCACAAUAUAUAAGAAGAGACUGCCUAGAGAUUUCAGGUAUCAAAGCUACUGAUGAACCCUCAUCUGAAGCGAUUGUACAAGCAAUAGGAGCAGCGAUCAAUACACCUCUCGAUUAUGAUGAUAUUUCUAUAGCGCAUCCCAUUCCAAGCCACAACCCUCGUCAGCCUCCUAAAAUAAUAGUGAAAUUUAAGCAUAGAAAGACGAGAAACAAGUUCUACAUCAAUCGUAGAAAAUUGGCGGGAACCAAGCCGAAGGAUAUCCCGGGGCUUGAUGGCAGCUCAACCGCCGACAACAAGAUAUUCAUAUCAGAAUCGCUAACCCCCAAGAAAAGAAGAUUGUUUGGAGAGAUCAACAAAUUCAAAAAACACCACAAAUGGAAAUUUAUCUGGACUUAUAAUGGACGGAUCUAUCUCAAGGAAAAAGAAAAUACCAAGCAAUACGCUUUUGACAACGAUGACGAUCUUCAGGAAUUCUACAAGGCUAACGAAACCUAUGAUGACUACAGCUACUCAUGGCGAUAA